CAUAGCCUUGUGAUUAGUGCACUCACCAGAGAUAUGGGGGGAAGGGUUCCAUGUUCAAUUCACCCUGUGCCAGAGGAGGAAAAAGGAUUUGAAUGGAGAGCUCCCACCUCUCAGGAGAGUAUCAACUGUUGGUUCUCAUUAAAGCUGUGUGGCAUCUGAAGGAGGAAGAAGCCAGUGGAGCAAUGGAGCUUCCCAACUACAGUAGACAGUUUCUACAGCAGCUUUACACGCUCUGCAAAGAGCAGCAGUUCUGUGACUGCACCAUUUACAUUGGGACUGUGCAUUUCAGAGCACACAAGCUUGUGCUGGCUGCUGCCAGUCUGCUCUUUAAGUCCUUGCUGGAUAGCACAGACACCAUCUCCAUUGAUACUUCUGUGAUGGCUCCUGACGAGUUUGCUCUUCUGCUAGAAAUGAUGUACACUGGCAAGCUACCGCUUGGCAAACACAAUUUUACCAAGGUUAUCUCUGUGGCGGACAGUCUACAGAUGUUUGAUGUAGCUGUUAGCUGCAAAAACCUCCUCAGUGACCUCAUCAGCUGCUCCACUAAGGAUCAGGUAGUGAGGGACAGUGCCAACCAGACAGUAGAUCCAUCUAGCGCUAAUGCUGAUCCUGAACAGGCUUCAGCUUCUGUUGAUCCUCAAGAACCUAAAGUGAGCACAGUCACCUCCUCCACCUCAGUGCAAGAAAUGACUGUGACCCACACGUUUGACCAUGAAGAGGUUCUGGAGGAGGAAAUUCAAAUGGAUUCUAAAUCCCUCAAGGAGGAUUCAAAUGCUCAAACUGGCCGCCAUUCCCCUGGCAGACAGGACAGCUAUGAGGAAGGGGAGACUGCUGAGCCUGAGGAGAAGAAAGGAGAAAUUGGUGAUCCAGAAACCGAGAGCAAAACCUGUACACUGGAUUUCCUACUUCAGUAUGAAAGUGUUUUCUCAGAUGCCCUUUCUGACGCCAAGACUGUGCUGACGAGACUGGAUGAGUGCAGGGGAAUAGAAGGGUCUCAGAGAGAGGUCCUGGUGGCAUGCUUGGAAGAUGCAGAAGAACAGUCAGUGUUCAAGAGACUGCUCAGCAAAGUGAGGGAUGAGCAGAGUCUGGCUGCUGAGACGGUUGUGUCUGUGCUGAAGCUGUUCCCAAACACACACCCCAUGAUAAAAGCAGCACUAGUUGAGAGAGAGCAGGACAGUGGAGAGACCCUGCAGAACACAGGGAGCUCCAAAGAGGGAAAGACCCUGUCUGCUCUAUUACUGGGAUAUAGGGAAGAGCUGAUACAGAGCGUAACACAGCUGAAACCCAUCAUAGAGUUCCUAGAAUCAGGAGAGGAGAGAUUCUUGACUGGCUUGGAGAAGCAGGUGAUUCUGGAUUGCUGUGAAGGCAGCUCUCACAGAGAAGCAAUGGAGAAUCUUCUCAGGAAGGUGGUGGAAGAGAAGACCCUGAAAGCCGAGAGUUUGGUAAAACUCCUUGGGGCUGUAAAAGCGUCAUUCCCUGAUCUGCACCUUCUGCUAGACAAUUUGGUGGCAGCAGCAGAUGAGUCUGAUGGCACAGCCAGAUGGACCCCAGAGGAUUAUGGGACCCAACUACUGAGACAAUACCAAGAAAACUUUGCAGAGCUCUUCAUGGACACGCAGAUGCUGCUGCGAGGGAUCUCAGCUGCACAGAACUUAGCUCUUGCAGAACGAGAGGUCAUGGAACAGCUUGUGAAGAGGGAGACCGGCCCAAGUGGUUUCCACUCACUGGUGUCUGCAGCGCUGGAAGAACAGACUCUGUCAGUGGCUGCUGUGUGGCAGGUGCUGCUGGCAGCACGAGAGGCAGCACUUCCACUUCACCUGCUCAUUGAGGAAAUCCGCAAAGACCCCGAUGCUGACUUUUUCUUCCAAACAGUGGCCACAAGUGAAAGUACAGCCAUUGAAAUAAUACUGCGGCACAGCAAGCUGAUCUCAGAGGCCAUCAAGCAGAGCGCUGGACUGGAGGGCUUGGCUCCAGGAGAAGUGGGCCUCACAGAGGCAGUGAAAGAGCUGCUCAGUAUUUCCUCUCAGAAGGAGAGUUCAGAGGCCUCCUUGAAAGCAGCUCUGAACACUGCACAGGAGAAGUCUGUUCCUGCCAUCAAGAUCUGUCAGCUGUUAUGCACUGUUCACGAGUCUUUCCCAGGCCUACAGCCAGUGAUGCAGGAGCUUGGGCACGUGGGACUCCUGACAGAAGGACGUGGGGAGAAGGCUGGAAUCAGAAAGUGGAAGGUGAACAGUGAAUCCCAGAUCGAAGCUAUGGACAAGGAGGAGGAGAAGCCUGGGAGUGCAAGUGCCAAGGAGCAGAAGGAGCCCCAAGAGAAAGCUCCCUCCAAGAAGAACUUUGUCUGCAAAGCCUGUGAUAAGAGCUUCCAUUUCUACUGCCGUCUUAAGGUGCACAUGAAGCGGUGUCGCGUGGCCAAGGGGAAGCAAUUGCAGUGUAAAGAGUGCAAUGAGAUCAAGACCACCAAGAAAGAGCUGGAAAACCACCAGCUGGAAGCCCACGGAGGGCCUGGAGCUACAGCGACAGCCAAAAAGAAGAAGCGGCUCCCAGUGACAUGUGACAUCUGUGGAAGAGAAUUUGCUCAUGCUUCAGGAAUGCAGUACCAUAAGCUGACGGAGCACUUUGAUGAAAAGCCCUUCUCCUGUGAAGAGUGUGGCGCCAAGUUCGCAGCCAACUCCACCCUGAAGAAUCAUCUGCGGCUGCACACUGGAGACCGCCCCUACACGUGCAAGCACUGCCUCAUGACCUUCACACAAGCCUCUGCCUUGGCCUAUCACACCAAGAAGAAGCACUCGGAGGGAAAGAUGUACGCCUGCCAGUACUGCGAUGCAGUAUUCGCCCAGUCCAUUGAGCUGUCCCGUCACGUGAGGACUCACACUGGAGAUAAGCCAUAUGUCUGCAGGGAGUGUGGGAAAGGAUUCAGGCAGGCCAAUGGGCUUUCCAUCCAUCUGCGCACCUUCCACAAUAUCGAGGAUCCAUAUGAUUGCAAGAAAUGUCGGAUGAGCUUCCCCACCCUGCAGGAGCAUCGCAAGCACAUUCACGAGGUCCACUCCAGGGAAUACCAUCCCUGCACUACCUGUGGGAAAGUCUUCAGUGCUCCGUCCCUUCUGGAGCGCCACAUGGUGACCCAUGUUGGAGGGAAGCCGUUCAGCUGUGAGAUUUGUGACAAAGCUUAUCAGCAAUUGUCAGGGCUGUGGUAUCAUAAUCGGACACAUCACCCCGACGUCUUCGCAGCUCAGAACCACCGCUCGUCCAAGUUCUCCUCGCUGCAGUGCAGCUCCUGUGAUAAAACCUUCUCCAGCACUACUGCUCACAAGAAGCAUGUCAAGGCAGAACAUUCGGAUGUGAAGUUCCACGAGUGUGAGAAGUGCAACGAGCUGUUCCCCACACUGGCUCUGCUGCAGGUCCAUGUCAAGUGCAGGCACUCAGGGACCCAGCCAUUUCGCUGCUUGUACUGCACGGCCUCCUUCCGCUUCCCGGGAGCCCUGCAGCACCAUGUCACCACUGAGCACUUCAAGCAGCUAGAGAGCACCUUCACCUGUGGGCUGUGUGGGGAGCUGUUCCCCGCUCGGGAGCAGCUGCAGGAUCACUACAGCGCUGAGCACCCAAAGGUGACGUUCACAGACUGCCAGGCCACCACUGCCCAGCUACUGCAGGUGAUUCAGACAUCAGAGCAAGGAGCAGCAGCCGAGCAGAUGAUCACCUUGGAUGAAGCCCAGCUUGCUGGCUCCCAGGUCUUUGUGGCAUUGCCAGAUCCCCACGCUAACCAAGAUGGCUCUGAGCUGGUGGCGGUGACUAUGGAGGACCUGUUUGAUGACAAAGUAACUCUGAUUUGCGAAGAGGCUAAGUGAGAGAUGGCUGGAAGCACCUGAAAGGGAGGCCACGGCUGGCUCAUUGGCUUAUGUACCGAGAUGUGCUGCUCUGGCAGUCGUAGUCUCGUUUUCUCCAGUAAGGCUGGAGCAAAAAGACAUUGCAGGCACAUGGCAUGAGAACGCAAGAGACUCUGCUUGGAAGUCAUGGAUCCAGGAGCGCUGCCUUCCUUAGCAGGGGUGGUGGGCUGCAGUGUGCUCUGUUCCUGAGGGACAAACCGUUUGGGUGACGGGAAAAGAGAGAAACAGAGCACAGCUAAGCAAAGACGGCAUGAACCUGCGGGAAGGGCGGGAAGCAGAAGAGGGAGAUGCAGGAAGUUUGUCAGUCACAGAAAGAGCUGAGGGCUGCCAGUUCAGUAAUCAAUCCGAGCUGAGAGCUGCUCUCAACUGCGUUGGGGUGCUGGUGGCAGAUGCUCAUGGAGAAAUUAGGGUCUCAAGGGCAUAGAGAAGGCAGCUUCCAGCACACUGCUUCAUUUCUUCUCUUGCCCCUCUCACAUGGCUGCACCUGUAGAUGUGUCUACACUGUGUGUUAAACCCGUGGCGCAAGUCUCAGGGCCUGGUUCUGCAGACUGAAUGUCACAGAGUUUUGCUCUGCAGCAUGAAAACCAGCUGUGUCCAUGAGUGAGCUGGAGCUCUUACACCCAAAUAGACUCACAGAAAACUUGGCUGCAGUAGGGCUGAGGGUUCAGGCUGAGGGUUCCAGGGCGUUGCCCUGAGUGGCAUCUUCACCUGGUAAAGGGCAAUCCAAAGUUUAGUCAUGGGACUGAAAACCAAGUGUGUGCGGCUGGCAGCUGUAGGGUCUCAGCAAGCAGGUGGGACAAGCCAUUGUGCACAGGUACAGGAUGCUGGGUCAACUCUCGGCGGAGGUGAAGUAUCUAAUUAGCGAUCUCAAACAUUUCAGAGGCGUAGCUGUGUUAGUCUGCAAUAGACCAAUCGUUGCUUCAUUAGCUGUCUGUUACUGAGAAGGCAGCUGUGCAGGGGGAAGUGGCCCAGCCUCAAUCUCUCCUUUACCCAGGACAGUUAGGCACCAAAUUCGCUAACUUGGGGAGUGUUUUGGGCCCUGUAAGACUUCAGCAAAUGGCCCUUGCCUUUCUUCUGCAGAGCCCCCGGGAAAGGUGUCCACCCAUCCGUCAUAUCUCUUGCAUCUCCCCCGCACUGGUCUGGCUUCACCUAACAACCUGGAGCUACUUAGCCUGUGCUUAUGGUAUACAGGGAGCUCCAACCCCAAGUAAAAUCCACUCGCCUCUGGCAGCCCCUGAUGGCUCAGUUAACCUGUCUCUAGCAAGGGUUAGCGAUGCCUAGUAUAGGCAGAGCCUAACCCUGACCAGUCGCACCAAGGCUGUCAGCACAGUGCAGCUAUUCUAGUUCAUGCCCUCCGUGAAGUGUGGUCAGGCCCACAGCUGGACAGCUACAGCUCAUAUCCUCUUUGUGUGAUGACAAAGCCGCAAGAGCUCCCUGCCUUCUUUAGUGCAGCAGAAGCUGCAGUGUUUGGAGAGAGAAGCCGCUAAUCUGAUCUCUGUGGCCCAUCAUUUCUCAGGCGUUUAAUACUAUUACCAAUGAAUUGGCACUAAUGCAAAUAUUUCUCUGAGCAUAUAAUGGCUGCCACAAUUGCUACAGCCAUUCCCCUGAGGCACACAAUGCAUGGCUUUGUAAAAUGCUUUCACGUACCUUACAUAAUGUGUCCAUGCCAGCACAAUGCAAAACCUUCACUGUGGUGUAGUGGCCCCUUUAAGACCAAAUUUCACAAAGCUUUUUUAUCUGCAGUUUCCUAAAAUAUAAUCUGAUAAUUAAUGGUUUGCUGAAUCCAUUAUGAAGUGCAAUUAGAUGGAUCCAGGGUUCCUGCAGCUCAGAGGGAACUAGUAGCAUUUAUCUUCCUUUCCCUCAUGCCAAAAGGUUGAACCCUGCCUCUGCAAUAUUUACAGUGAGCAAUGAUCCUCCCUUGUGCCUCGUGGCCCACGCCCCCGUGGUGAGCUGUGCCCAUUUAAUCAUGCUGCCCAGUGCCACACAAGAGCAGAAGAUGAACAGAUCCUGGCUUUCCAACUGCAUCCUGUGCUGGUUGCUCACAACCGCUAGCCUGAGACUGUUGGGAUUAAAUAGUCCAAACUUGUAUUGCCAAUUACCUUGCAUAAUACCCCUAUUAGGAUGUGAGCAAAUGGCCAUGGUGGCAUUUUCCUUGCUGGAAGCAAAGGCCCGGUGAGGCAGAUAUACUGCCCCGUGAGAUGGUUCCGACAGCACGUGGAUCAUCUCGCUGAAACUCUGCACCGUGUAGUGAAGUGCCCCCGUCCCUGGAUGUCCCUCAUUCACGCACACGCUCAGGCUGUCUGCCCCUGAGGAUUUUAAGUCAGAAGCAAACAGAAGACACCUGACAUGAAAUGAACUCUGAGUCCAAGCAUGGCCAGGAGGUGGUGCUCAAGGUCUUGGGAAGUCAUGGCAGUGAAGAGGCCUCCAGUAACUUAUGCUGAAGCUCUUCUUGGUCAUUUCCAAACUCUUGGGAAUUUGACCCAGCAUCCCAGACGUUCAAGCACCACUCUGUUAAAAAAGCAUAGCAUGAAACUGGCUGGAUGAGGCUUGGGGCCAGUCCCCUUUCUCUAGGAAGGGUAGAAUUGCUAGCAGCAAGGAAAUGGCCCAGGAACAAUCCCUCCUCAGAAACUGAAGAGUAAGCAAAACAGCCGUGAUAUUUGUUAGCAUAUCUAAAUAUAAUCGUCUUUCCCUCUCAAGCUACCUUUGACAGAAGGGAGGUAGAUGUCCCACACUUGUUAUGGGGCAUGGGGAAUGCAUGUAGCCUCUUCAAGGUGUGCAUGUCCUUAGAGGUGUGCAGGUCCACGUGGAGUUUGCCACAGAGAGCAGUUCAGAAGGUGCUUUGAGUUGAAGCAGCACAGAGGCUGGUUUAGUUCUUGUUGCGCUGGUGGGACUUGUUCUUCCUUCCUGGCACAGGCACUUAAUUGAAGUAGUUUGAAGGGAAGCUGAAACAGGCAGAGGUGGAGGCUGAACAGAGCCCUUGGAAACAGCAGGCCUCAUGCUGGGUAGUUCUCACUAUCAAAUUGAACUUUGGGCAGCUUCCAGUACAGCUAGUAAAGUUCUGAGGGGAGCCUGAUUAAAAAGUCAUCUCCUUCUCCUUUCUGUAGGUGAUGCUGUGUAUUCUACUUUGGUGUGUGCAUGCCCAGCACACCUAGAAAAAUUUGCCUAGCAGUCCCAGUAUGGCCUUGUGGCCAUAGCCCCUGUCCUGGCUACAUGAGGCAGCUCCGCCCCAGACCUCCCUUAGUUCCUUCUUACCACCAUGGCUGGUCUUAGAAUUCUGUGUUCCAGCUGGGGCACUGGCGUCAUUGCCAGCAGGUCAGACCUGCUCUGCAGGCCUUUAUACCUGGCCUUCAGCUGAAGCACGCCCAUGAGAGCUGUGGCCAUGGACGUUCCUGCUGUUAGCUGUGAAAGUCCCACGCUGAUGCAGCGUCUUACUGUGCUUGCAGUGGGUCAGAGUGAAGGAGGCCCUAGUGGUGGGGAGAUAGGAGCAGAUUUAGCCUGGUGAAAACCUCGGAAGUCAGGCCCAUUUGUUGCCUCAGAAGUGGGAGAUGUGAUGCAGGAGCCAUAUGGUGCAUCUGCGGCAGCUGGAAGGAACUUAGCCUGCCGUGAGGGCUCCUUGGGAGUAAGGGGGGAACUCAGUGAUGCUAUUGCUUGAAUACAGGGCACUGUCAAAUGGGAGUAGGACAAAUCUAUUACCUCAGCAUACGUCGUAGGUUGGACCGUUCCUGGAACUGGAAGAUUAAGCACCGUGCUGGUGUCUGUGGUCUAAAGUGACAUUGGAGGAGUGCCAAGAACAGCUGCAAGUACAGGUCAGGGUCUGGAAAGCUGCUUCCAGUGAGAGGCGCGAGGAGCUCAUCUGUUCAGCUCGCCAGCGGAGGAUUCAGAGGUGACUCGGUCCCAACCUGUAAUUGCCGACCGGGAGACUGUAUCGGAUGCUAUCAAGUAUUUUUGUUCCACAGCCAAAGGCAGAAUGGGAUCCCAAGACUGAAAGUUCAAACUAGAAAAACUCAAAACUGGAAAUAAGGUACAAACUUUUAACAGAGAGGGUAGAACCCCAGGGCUAGAGCCCUCAGGAGUCGUCAAGUCCAGCCCCUGCCCACAGCAGGACCAACUCAACUGAACCCUCCCAGCCAGGGCUUGGUCAAGCCAGGACUUAAACACCUCUCGGGGUGGAGAUUCCACCCCCUCCCUAGGGAGCCCAUUCCAGUGCCCCCCACCCCCCAGUGCAAUAGUUUUUCUUAAUGUCCAUCCUAGACCUUCCCCAUCGCAGCUUUAGAUCCUUGCAGCCAAGUUGUGGCUGGGUCAUGACCCAGUAAAUAAGCUGGGGUGGAAACAGUUUCCUGGCUCCCUGAGGGGCUGGGUCCAGCCUAGCAGUAACCCCAUAGCGAGGGCAUCUGCCACCUCUGCUGUGGGGCUGACUGGACCUUGCUGUCUGCUGUUGGCAUUGCAGCUUCUGAGGUCGCAGCUUGGGGGCCAGAUUUGUGUGCGUGGGGUUGUGACCUGGCCCGGGUUGCAAUACCAUUCGCUCCGAUUUGGCUUCCCUGGGCUCUUGUGGUCACAAGGGCUGGGCCCAGAGAGGUUGUGGUGCCUGGUGUGGGGAGGCGAGUCCAGCCAACCCGUGGGGCAGAAGCCACCUCAGCCCUUUGUAACGCUGGUGACCAACUUUGGGUCCCAGCCUGUGGGCUGAGAAACCCUGGAACAGGCGUCUCCUCCCAGUAGUGAGCAGGCCCAGCUUUGUGUGACUUGGGCACACGCCAUGUCGGAGCAAGCUCGGCCCUUCUCACACACUGGAGUGGGCAGGAAAGAUGGCGUAAUCGAGAGCCCAGCUGGAGCCUCAUUGCUAGUGUCUGCUCCCUGCAGUUUUCCUCUACUCUGGUUCCUGCUGUUGCCAAAGGCUCUGCAGCUCCUGUGUGCCUAAUGCUGGGCCCUGCAGAGCCACCCAGCCUUCCACAGGACUUGGCUGCUGCUGAGCGAUUGUUCUGAACUCAGAGCGGCUCCAGGGAGCAGCAGCAGAGAGGGCUCCCGAGGCAGGGGCGGCGCUGUCAGGCACCUUUCCUCCAGGCUGCCAAGGAGCCCCGCCACUGCCAUUGGCAACUUCACUCCUGUCAGACAACCUGGCCCCACAAAUUGCGUUCUGCCCUGUGUGCCAGCUGCGUCUCUUCCCCUCUCGCGCCGCUGCGGGGAGCCAGGAGGCUCAGGUCAGUCGCAGCACUUCCUGCAUGGCCCCUCCGGUGCUGGGUGCUCCCCUUGCUGCACCGAUCGAACCCAAUUUCCUUUCCCAUGUAACAAGUCCAUUAGCUGGGAGAGCAGAGCCAGCGCUGGCAGGUGCCGGCUGAGUUUGAUUAGACACGACCAGGGAGCAAUCACUUUGCUGCAGGGAGGUGCACACAGACAUGGGAUGAGGGGCUCAUGUCAGUAAGAAUAGCCUGGAUUGUUUGCACUCCUGAGAGCACAGCGGUUUUAUCCAGAGGUGAAAGUAACGGAUUUCCUGCAGGUGCUGGCGUAUCGAACCCCCAGGGGCUCAGGGUGGGGGUUGAGAUACAAUAGUACCUGUAAGAAAUUUGAAUGUGGGGGGCUCGGGGCAGGGGUGGAGAAGUGGGGGUUGCAGGCAAAUCCAGGGAUAGAAUCAUGGGGCUCGUGUUCAACGCAGGUUGCGCUACCAGAGCGUGUAGCUAAAUGCCCGGCAGGGACCCUGAACACUUACUCAAACAGGGCUCCGUGGAGGCAGAGAAGGCAGCUGCACCUCUGCAUCCCUCGCUGUCGAUCCCUUCCUGGAAAAGCAAUUCACAGGGGAAGAGAUCCUGCCGGCCUCCCCGAGACAUCGGGACCUGACGGCUGACUGGCCAUUGCGCUAUCCCCUAACUCCCAGAUGCUGCCCUGCACGUAGCUGGAGACGCCUUAUGGGAGGAAGCCAGCGGAGGUUCAGGCAGCCUGGAUGCAAUAGCAGUGCGCCUAGCACAGGGGCUAGCAGCAGGUACCUGCCACGCUUGCGACAGGUGAAGGGCCCGGGUGGAAGCAGCCUCAGCUCUGGAAUGGGGGUGGGGUCUCUGCCCGUCACGCUCAGCGACCCAUUUGUUAAGCACCCAUGGGCGAAGUCGUGAUUGAGAGCUGCUGCUUUCCUGUGUGUGACAAGCCCACGCACUGCUGAUCUCGCAACCCACGGCCCCAUCCCAGCCAUUCCUCCCGCCCCUCCCUGCGACACGCCCCAGACCUGCCACUCCCCUGGGUGACGUGUGCCGCCCCGGGGCCCACCCUCCAGGGGUGCAUGCGCAUUGCAAGGGCUCAGCGAGGGUUAGAAAACCUGCCACCUGCCUAGACAGAGCGAGCUCGGGGCCUGGUCGCGGGGAGUGAACAGUCUCCCCAGUCCAACACGCCCCAAUGGCGGGCAUUGGAGCAGGUGGCCCACUCUUUGGUCUGAGAUGUCCUGCCCCUGGCAAUGACGGGAACGGCGGGUGCAGGUACCUAGGGAGAUGACUCCUCGCAGCAAGAUGCAGCCAGGCAGGAAGGCUUCUCAUUGAGACGUUCCAGAAGGGCUGGAUGUACGUUCCUGCUGCCUCUAGUGUGUCCUUGCUCUUCUUCUGGCUGUGUUGAAGAUGGCUGCCAGAGGCCUGUCCCUGAGCUACCUCCUCAGUUCUCUGGUUGAGGCUGU